CAGUAUUAAUAAGCAGCUUAGUAAUUCUGCCGCCACCAAAAUCCCGCCGUCACGAAAAUUCCCGCCGCCACCAAAAUUCUGCCGUCACCAGAAAAGCCCGCCAGAAAAUCCCGCCGUCACCAAAAAGCCCGCCGUCACCAAAAACUCCUGCCAGAAAACCCCGCCGUCACCAAAAAUUCCCGCUGUAAAAUCCUGCCGUAAAACCCCGCCGUCACCACAAACUCCUGCCGCCACCAAAACCCCGCCAGAAGCCCGCCGCCGCCAGAAAACCCCGCCGACACCAUAAACUGCCGUCACCAAAAACUCCCGCCGUCACCAAAAACCCCGCCGUCACCAAAAUCUUGCCGCCACCAAAAUUUCCUGCCGCCGCCUAAAUCCCGCCGCCACCUAAAUCUUGCCGUCACCAAAAACUCCCGCCGUCACCACAAUCCUGCCGUCACCUGAUUCCCGCCGCCAUCUGAUUCCUGCCGUCACCUAAAUGUUGCCGCCGCCUACUACUAAGCUUCUGCCUGAUGCCGCCGCCUACCUCUACCAGCAUCAACUAUUGCAUUCGCGAACCAGUCAGACUUUCAACGCAUUUGUUGGGGAUCAAAAACUCAAACAACACGGCUUCGAGUCUAGACAUCAUACCUACUCUGCACAACGCCAAAAAUCUGCGCGGUUCCCACAAAAAUGGCAGAAGAAUAUCCAUAUUGAGCGAUCAGAGAUCGCACCGACCCGGUAGUGCGCCGAAAAGAAUCGUGGGAAUAAAAGAGGCAAUAAAGCAUCGAGACGAUUAUGUUUGGUACACUAUGCCGCUGUCACGUCAUUCAAUAUAUUCAUCCAUGCAGGAAUCGCGCGCGGAAGAUUUUUUACUCUCUUCGUCAUGCUGUGGCCCCCGCGUCCACGUGCUCGUAUCCGCGUAUCUCAGAAAAUCUCGGUUCAGCAUGUAA